AUCUCUCUUUCCCUCCCUCCUGCUGAACACACAGGGUUUCUUCCCUGCAUUAAACCGCCUCCAGGGCUCCUGCAGCAUUUGGCCACCACGGGGCAAAGUACACGCACGGACUGAAGUGCGGGGAAGCCUUGCCUUCCCUUCUUGUUCCCGUCAUUUGCUGAGAGAAAAAGAGAGAGAGAGCAACAGCCAAGCAGAGACGACCUAGAUCGCUCUCCAACUUUCUGUGUUGUCUGCUUUUGUCUGGGGGAUUACAGGCAGAAAGCCCAUUCAUUCCUUUAUUAAAGGCCGCUGAACGUGCUGUGCAAAGAUGGAGGAGGGAUAUGAGCUCGACCUUACUUAUGUGACCGAACGCAUUAUCGCAGUGUCCUUUCCCCGGGCUUGCUCAGAAGAUACCUACCUACACAACCUGCAAGAUGUCACCCGCAUGCUCAGGUCCAAGCAUGGCGACAGUUACCUGGUUAUCAACCUUUCAGAGAAAAGAUAUGAUCUCAGCAAAAUGAAUCCUAAGACCAUGGACACGGGCUGGCCCGACCUUCAUGCACCCCCACUGGAUAAGAUCUGCACCAUCUGCAAGGCUAUGGAGAGCUGGCUGAAUGCAGACCCUCAGCACGUGGUGGUCAUCCAUUGCCGGGGUGGCAAGGGUAGAAUUGGAGUGAUCAUCUCAUCCUACGUGCACUUCACCAACAUAUCAGCAAGUGCUGACCAGGCUCUGGACCGCUUUGCCAUGAAAAAAUUCUACGACGACAAAGUAUCAGCCUUGAUGACUCCAUCGCAGAAGCGGUACGUGUGGAUCCUGAACAGCCUGCUCACUGGCUCCAUGAAAAUGAACUCUUCCCUCCUCUUUUUACAUUAUAUCCUCCUUCAUGGUAUUCCAAAGCUUGAUGCCAGUGGAGUCUGUCGGCUGUACUUGAAAGUGUACCAGGGGAUGCAAGCCGUGUACACGUCAGGGAUAUAUCACAUCAACCCAGGACACAAAGGCAGGAUAUGCAUAGCCCUGGAGCCGGCCCAACUGCUAAAAGGAGACAUAAUGGUCAAGUGUUACCACAAGAGUAUUGACCCUCCAGGCAGGGAGGUGGUGUUUCGUGUUCAGUUCCACACAGGCAUGGUCCAUGGCUGUAGACUCACGUUUGACAAGGAGGACCUCGAACAUGCAAACAGUGAUUCCAGAUUUCCGCAUUACGGGAAGAUUGAGCUGGUGUUCUCAGAAAUCCCCGAGAAGAUGCAAGGAUGUGACCACUGGCAGAAUGGGCCGGGCGUGGUGGUGGACUAUGAUAUAGGUGACCCAUUGGUGCGUUGGGACUCCUAUGAGAAGCUCAGUGCUGAUGGAGAAGUGUUGCACACCCAGGGGCCAGUGGAUAACAGCCUGUAUGCCAAGGUGAGGAAGAAGAGUGCAGACAGUGCCCCCACGGGGACUGUAACCAACAGCCCUGAGCACAGCGACCACGCUCUGUCCGCCAGCAGCGACUCGGGGCUGUCAAGCACAUCUGUGCGCACUGGCCGAGGGCCCAGCAGGCAGGAGAGGGCAGCUCUGCAGCGCCUCCUCAGCGGCUUCGGCCUGGAGGCCCCAGCUCUACCCAAGGAGAUGGAGGAGCAGAGGGGGCCAGGUCCAGGGGCUGGUGGGGGUCAUCAUGUGGUGCCAGCACAAAUGCACACGAAUGGUGAAGGGGAACGGGAAACGGACAUCCUGGACGAUGAGGCGCCUGCCCACGACCUGCACAGUGUGGACAGCAUCGGCACGCUAUCCUCCUCUGAGGGGCUACACUGUCAACCUCUUGGCCGCUGCGGUUGUCACCAGAGCAGCCAGAACUCACUUCUGUCUGAUGGCUUUGGUGGCCUUGCCCCCGCCACCGCUGACCUGGGCUUUGGUUCAGAUGACAAUGAACGUGAUCGUGGCCCUGGCUAUACCACCCAGGUGGCCUUGACCACACCUCAAGCCUUCGGCCAGGGGGGCUACUUCACACAAACAUGGGUGCGCCAACAGCAGAUGGUGGCUGCCCAGCAAUACGUCUACCCACCUGCUGAUGGCGAAGUGCAGUUCCAGCGUGAAAAGCCUGGUCUGGCUUCACCUAAAACCUCCCCUGUAGCUCCAAACACGCCCAUCAGAGGCAGCAGCAGCCGGGAGGCAACGCUGAGGGCUGGCGGUGGGGGGCUAGGUGAUCCCAAUGUACAAGAGACGUCGUUGAGCAAAGAUGAUGAAUUGGCCUCACUCACUGUAGACAUAGACCAGUCCAUCGACCAGCUUAACCAGCUCAUAAUGGACCUGGAUCCAACCUUUGUGCCCAUUCCCACUCAAACCAGCUUGGUUAGAAGAGAAGGGAGAGGCCACGUCAAUGGCACCGCCUCCCCAUGUGCAAAUGGACGAGGCCGCAGAUUGACUGACGGCAUGGAGGGUACCCUACCAAUCUCAUACCAGACAGGUGGGCCAGCUUGUGACAGGCCUGGGGACGGAGCCAGGGGUCUGACUCCACUGCUCAAUGAUGUAGUUGACCACUUAGAGCUCCGGAGCAUGGGAUGGGGUCUCUCGGACAGAUUCCGGAACACUACUGAAAUGUUGCCAAGCGAGCGGACAGGCCUGUAUGCUGCCGAUGCGGUUGAGUACAGUGGACGGAGGGACCAGCUAGGUAGCCGGAUGGAGUCGGGCAGUGAGAUGAUCCCCCCGACGCCUGCCUUCCCCAUUUCCCCACCGACCCCCUACGUGAAGACUCUGUCGGAGUUUUCCCAGGUGAGGGUUCAGCGCCAACUUGGAGGACCUUACGAACCAUACCGGACAGUGCAUGAACCCCGGGGUUAUAUGGAGGGCCUCAACCACGGCACAGUGUCUCCGGAUGAGGACCCAUUCCGCUCAGAUGCGCCCGUCUCUGCAGCUGCUUGCCAGGGACCCUUCGGCUCGAUGCGGUCUCUGUCCACAAGCAGUCCUCUACCGCGGAUGGAGAGCCCAUCAUCGGUGCAAUCCUGGCAAGAUGGGAGCACCAGGGCCACCUUGAGCCAGCAGUCAGCGCUGGGCCACUUAACUCCUCCCUACCCCGGCCCCCUGGAUCUCUCCGGCUUGUCACACUCAGCCCCCAACUGCCACAGCUCCCCUAGGGGGACUCCACGAGGGCAGAGCUGUCGGGCUCUGGGUCCUGAAGAGCUCACGCAGGACCUGGAGCAGAGCUUGCUGGCGGCCAUGGAGGGGCUGGGCAGGGGAGGCACUCCCGUGCAGCCGUCGCUCCCAGAGAAACGACGAGUCUCAGAGGGAGAGGGAGAGCACUCGCUGGGCACUGGCUCGCCAGCCCUCAGCGGAUUCUCCAGCCCACACAGUGGCAGCACCAUCAGUAUCCCCUUUCCCAGCGUUCUGCCAGAUCUUUCCAACCGAGGACAAAGCAGCACCUCGCCGCUGCCAGAUGCACUUACCAGCAAGCAUGUGACUGUGAAGUUUGUGCAGGACACUUCCAAGUUCUGGUACAAGCCAGAUAUCUCACGGGACCAAGCCAUCUCGGUGCUUAAGGACAAAGAGCCCGGCUCCUUCAUCGUCCGGGACAGCCAUUCAUUCCGGGGGGCAUAUGGGCUGGCUAUGAAGGUGGCCACGCCCCCUCCCUCAGUUCUGCAGCAGAGCAAAAAAGCAGCGGACCUGUCCAGCGAGCUGGUGCGACACUUCCUGAUCGAGUGCACACCAAAGGGUGUGCGGCUGAAGGGGUGCCCCAACGAGCCCUAUUUUGGGAGCCUGCCAGCCCUCGUGUGCCAGCACUCCAUCACCCCACUGGCCCUGCCUUGCAAGCUCAUCAUACCUGACAGAGACCCGCUGGAGGACAUGGGGGAGUCACUCACUCAGACAGCCACCAACUCAGCCACGGAGCUACUGAAGCAGGGAGCAGCGUGUAACGUGUGGUAUCUGGGCUCUGUGGAGAUGGAAUCCCUGACCGGCUACCAGGCAGUGCAGAAGGCAGCCAGCAUGACCUUGAGCAUGGACCCACCACCCACCUCCACGGUGGUGCACUUCAAGGUGUCCGCCCAGGGCAUCACUCUGACGGACAAUCAGCGGAAGCUUUUCUUCCGGAGGCAUUACGCCGUCAGCACCGUCAUCUUCUGUGCCCUGGACCCACAAGACAGGAAGUGGACAAGAGACGGCUGCACUUUGGCCAAGAUCUUUGGCUUCGUGGCGAGGAAGACGGGCAGUUCCACGGAGAACGUGUGCCACGUGUUUGCCGAGCACGACCCCGAGCAGCCCGCCAGCGCAAUCGUCAACUUUGUCUCUAAGGUGAUGAUUGGGUCGCUGAAGAACAAGUAGGAUAGGCUGUAGCCAUGCCCUCGUCCCUCUCCCACAUUACCCCAGCGCCUCCUGAGACCCCGGUGAAGAUGCUGCCACCACAGAUCAUGAAAAAGAAGCAGUUUCUCUCACUCGUGAUUUAUCAUGGAAGCAAUAUAAAGGGAUAUUUUCCAAAUAGAGAAAUUAUGUAAAGUUUCAUAUUUAUUGUCCAUGUUUCUCUUUUGCUUAGCCUGACAUCUGAUACCCCUUGCAUUCUACACUGGCCACCUUUUGUUUUCAUGAUACUGGACCCUGUUACACUUUUCCUUCAGUUUGCCUGCUACAUUUUGAAAGCCCCCAGGAAGGUUUUCAGUUCACACACUGAUUUCUCAUUUCUUGUCUCUUACAAACAAAUGACUCGUGCCAGUUAAUGUAAAUGAUGUGACACAAUGCAUGAUUUUCAUAAAAGUGCUGUUGCUAUUUUUGUGAAUAAUUGUUUUCUUAUGUGGGGGUGUGGUGGCGCAGUGGCGCAGUGGGUUGGACCACAGUCUUGCUCUCCAGUGG